GGCUCGGAGGAGCGGCGGCGGUGGCCGAGCGGCGGGAGAAGGGGGCAGGCAACGGGGGCCGCGGCCCGGGCGGAGCCAGGGCCAUGGAGCUGCCGCUGCCGGGCUAGGCAGGUGCAGCCCCGCCGGGCGCGCGGCAAUGUCGGGCUACCCGCGCCGCUCAGGCGCCACCCCGCUGUCCCGCGCCCGGAGCCUCGUCAUUCCCGACGCUCCAGCGUUCUUUGAGCGCCGGUCUUGUCUCCCCCAGCUAGACUGUGAGCGCCCCCAUGGCAGGGACCCGGACUCCCCCUUCUUCGGCAUUCGGCCGGCCUUUAUGUGCUAUGUGCCCAGCCCGGUGCCGGCUUCCGUGGGAGACACAGAUUUUGGCUAUGGAAAGGGGAAAUGUUCUAAGCAAAGCCCGUCAGGAGCCCAUCAGACACACUUUGGAGAUGACAAAUUUGAAGAUCUUGAAGAGGCAAAUCCAUUCUCCUUUAAAGAGUUUCUAAAGACCAAGAACCUCGGCCUGUCAAAAGAGGACCCGGCCAGCAGAAUUUAUGCAAAGGAAGCCGCGAGGCAUUCACUGGGACUCGACCACAACUCCCCAACCUCCCAAACGGGGGGAUAUGGCUUGGAGUAUCAACAGCCGUUUUUCGAAGACCCAACAGGGGCUGGUGACCUCCUGGAUGAGGAGGAGGACGAGGACACCGGAUGGAGUGGGGUCUACCUGCCGUCCGCCAUGGAGCAGACUCACCCCAAGAGGGUCCCUGCCGGCGCAUCGCCCUGCAGCACAUACCUUUCCUUUCUCUCCACCCCGGCGGAGCUGGCAGGGCCUGAGUCUCUGCCCCCUUGGGCAUUGAGUGACACUGAUUCCCGAGUGUCUCCAACCUCUCCAGCAGGGAAUCCUAGCGCAGACUUUGCAGCUCAUGGAGAGUCUCUGGGGGACAGGCACCUACGGACGCUGCAGAUCAGUUACGAAGCACUGAAAGAUGAAAAUUCUAAGCUGAGAAGGAAGCUGAAUGAGGUUCAGAGCUUCUCUGAAGCUCAAACAGAAAUGGUGAGGACACUUGAGCGGAAAUUAGAAGCAAAAAUGAUCAAGGAGGAAAGUGACUACCAUGACCUGGAGUCCGUGGUUCAGCAGGUGGAGCAGAACCUGGAGCUGAUGACCGCACAGGUCUCCAACUUCCAGCGAGAGAACGAAGCUCUGCGGUGUGGCCAGGGCGCCAGCCUGACGGUGGUGAAGCAGAACGCUGACGUAGCUCUGCAGAACCUCCGCGGGGUCGUGAGCGGCGCACAGGCUUCCAUCAAGCAACUGGUUUCCGGAGCCGAGACGCUGAAUCUUGUCAUUGAAAUCCUUAAAUCUAUAGACAGAAUUUCUGAGAUUAAAGAGGAGGAGGACUCUUGAGGACGCCUGGGUGUUUUUGGCGGGAAGCUCUGUGUAUGCCCCAAGACCACCGCUUGUCUGAAUGUGCAGUUGUGCCCUUAAAUACGCAGUCUCCACCCAGAGUAAAGUGUUUGUCCUGAGCGAGGUUCCAGUGUCGUGCCCUUGGCCGGGUCUGGCCACCGCAGCGGGAACAGCCCCUGGCUGAGUUGCCCAGGAGUUUCUGUGCAGCCCUUCUUGGUGAAAUCCCUGCAAUUUUAUAGAUUCUAAUGAGCUCUGGAAGACACUGUCAUAAAAGCCAGUCAUUUUAGGAAAUUAGUAAACCCCAAAAGAGCAGUUCCGUCAUCAGCGUUUUCCUUCUCAUCCCUUAACAGCAGUCAAUUGUAGGAUAACUACAAUUGAUUGUCCUUGAUUUCCUAAGCAGAAAAAACACUCAAUGAGCCUCAGAGGUGGCUGCCUGGGCGGGGACCUGUGCCUUCCGCCGGCACUCAGGGCUCCCUCUGGCUCCCAGGUCACUCUUGCGGUCCCAGCGGGUGGUCUCUGCAGUCCUGGCCUGAGUGUGGAGGGGCCACUGUGUGGCUGCUGGUGUCCUCCUCCGGAACCCGGGGACCAAGGCCAUGCAUUCCGUGCUGUGAAGCUGUCUAAAUGGGCCUCGUUGGCUGGGGGUGCUGAUGAACAUUUUCAAGCAGCAUUUUGUACGAUGAGGUUGAGAAUUCGGGAAUUUCAGGUGUGAGCAGAGCCUGCCCAGGUUUGUAUGAGGUCCCAGCCGCCUUUCUGACUGCCUCCCACAGAGGGAAGGCCACACGCACUAAAUGCCUUUUUAACUAUUUUCCUGUAGUUUUUUUUGUUGUUUUUGUUUUUUGUGUUCUU